GCCCCAUGCCCGCCCGCCGCAUGCUCUGGUCACCCCCCGCUGCAGCGUGAAUGCCACCCGCCCAGCUUUCCGCCAUCGACUAGUCUGGCCCCGGUAGCCUCCGCCCCGCCGCUCCUCCAGCAUUCCUUGUGCGGUCCACGCCCCUCGGACUGCGUCGUGACUCCCCGGCGACAGCUAACCACAUGAGCCGGCAGGUGAAAAGCAUCUUUACAGGAUCCUCCGCUGCCAGCUCCAACCCCACCGAAGCUGAGAACCGCCGCCUGAGCACCCCCGAGUACCAGAAGACCCUCCUCAAUCACGCCGAUCCACCGCCCUCGACCUCGCAUCCGAAGAAGCCGUCCAUUGUACCCGCCCCUUCAUGGCCGCCCUCAAGCACUGCUGAGCAGCCUGCCCGUCGCCGGCCGUCAACGGUAUCAGCCCACCCAGCUGUCCCCGUCUCCGGUGGGCACUUCACCACCCCGUCUGCGCCGGGUCGAAAGCACCCAUCGCAUCCAGACGACGUCCCUGCGACCCAGACACCCUCGAGCGAGCCAUUGCACAAGCGGCGUCGACUCAAUGCCCGCCCACGGUACUCCCUAGACCACUUCAACUUCCCACUUGGUGUCAACGCCAACGACCAGCCGCCGUCGCCGCUCUUCUUCUCGAACAAGGGCAGGAAGAGGCCCCAGCUCCCGCCUCGAUUUUCCAGCGGAGAGGCCGCGGCCAGAAUGCUGAGCAACACACGGAGCGAGGACACGGGCAUAAAAACCGUGACGUUGGCGCGGGGAACAUUCAGCGGGCUCAGUCCACCAGGAGCAGGCUUCACAAGCGUCCCGAGUGGGGAUCAGGACAGCAUUGCAGGCACGUCGUCGCCAGACAGCAACAGUGAUAGGAGCGGUCUCCUCCGCAUACUCGGUUCAAUUGGCAUUGUAGAAUUGUUAGAGCAAGAUCAACGACCAACUUUUAUUGUCGACAUCGGAGAUGCGCCUUCAACGCCAGGACCAUUGCAGAUUAUCUUCGCCAACUCUGCCCUCCGUUCGGCGCCAGCUCUAAUUGAAGUAGUGACCGGGAAAUCGCCAGAGGCUUCGCCAUCAACUCCCCUUGCCAGUGCUUCACCACAGUUUCGGGGAUGGCUGAUAGGCACUGUCGCACUGGGCGAUAGCCCUAAUGUUCACCCUCCCCCGGUGGAGCACGGAGGAAUGAUAUGGCAAUGUUCGACCAUAAGAAAACGACUGCGAGUGGUCAGCGGCAGCUAUUCUUCUUCCUUGUCUCCCAACCUGCCAUCUAAUAAGCCUCGCAAAGGCAGGACUGUUACUUCUAGCUCUCAAGAACCAAUGUCGAGUAGUCAGGACCCUUCCUCAGGAUCUGUAGGCCAGCACACUACUUCUAACGAGGAGCCCCAAGAUUAUUUUGGUUCCACGGCUGCUCUACCACCCACGGCAGAUGAUCAAGGAAUAGAGAGUAAUGUCCCAGUAACCACCAUUGAACACGCUACGAAUGGCAUCGACGAUAUCGUCUUCAAUGCAACAGACUGGGGCAAUCCCAGCGGCGGCCCUGAAGUCCCACAAACUCUUGCCGCAUUUUCCUCGUUUGCAGAGUCCGUAGCCCGAGCAACAUCAGCGAUAAAUAAUGACUCAUUAUCCAGUGACACAAGUAAUGUACCUAAAGAGAUGGGCUUCUUUGAUUGGACCCGUCUCCCUAUAACAGACAAUCUACCGCGACAUAUCCAGUUUGCACGAAGUAUCGAUUGGGCGUCUACACCCCUCGGCCCAAUCGAAUUCUGGUCCUCCGAUCUUCGGCAGAUGUGUAAUCUGAUAAUGGCCAGUCCACAUCCAGCAGCAAUGUAUUGGGGAGAUGACCUCGUAGCUAUCUACAACGAGGCAUACGUGAUGUUGGCCGGACAGAAGCAUCCAACGCUGAUGGGGCAAAGCUACAAGGACGCGUGGGCUGAGAUUUGGGACGAAGUGAGGGAUGUGUUUGCGAAUGCGAGGCUAACGGGCGAGGCAACAAUGAAGGAUGAUGACUGCCUAUUCAUCAUGCGCAACGAAUAUCUAGAAGAAACUUACUUUUCCUGGUCGAUAAUACCAAUGGUGGGCGGCGAUGGCAGCGUCAUGGGUUUAUAUAAUCCCGCAUUCGAGAAGACGAGGCGCAAAAUUGCCGAGAGGCGCAUGCUGACAUUACGGGAAGUCGGAGAACGCACUGCAACCGCGCGAGAUAUGAAGGGAUUCUGGCGUCAAGUUCUCGGUGCUCUAGAAAUUAACGAACUCGACGCUCCUAUGGUUCUGCUGUACUCUGUUUCCGACGAUUCAGAUAGCGAUUGCUCGUCUAUCCAUUCCAGCAGCCUUCUGGGAACGAAAGUCUGCUAUUUGGAGGGUGUACUAGGAGUACCCAAAGAACAUCCAGCAGCUCCAGAUCACAUCGACUUAAAGGAGGGGAACGAAGGGUUCGGGCCCGUCUUCCGCGAAGUUAUGAAAACCGACAAGCCGGUAUUACUCGAUAUUGGAACUGGAGAUCUCCCUGCGAAUAUGAUGGAAGGACUAGACUGGCGCGGAUUUGGUGAUGCUUGCCGACAAGUGGUCGUUUGCCCUAUUCAUCCCACCACUGGCGAAUCGAUACUUGGGUUUUUAGUCAUGGGCGUAAACCCCCGAAGACCGUACGACGAUGACUACACCUUGUUUGUCCAGCUUUUGUCCCGACAGCUGGCGACUUCGCUGGCCUCGGUAGUCUUGUUUGAAGAAGAAAUACGGCGAGGGCAAAAGGCGGCGAAGUUGGCCGCAGAGGAUCGAAUAAACCUUUCGGAACAGCUCGCAGCACGGACUCAAGAAGCAAAGGACAGCGAAACAAGAUUCACCAGGAUGGCAGAAUACUCUCCUGCAGGGUUGUUUAUUGCAGACUCUGAAGGCCAUAUCACGUACUGCAACGACACGUGGUAUGAAAUUUCUCGUGUGCCUAGGAACACUAAUAGCACGGAUAGAUGGAUAGAAUCGGUCAAAGAGGAAGAUCAAGCACUAGUCAGAACUCUCUGGUUAGAAUUGGUUGAAGAGACUAGAUCGAUCAACGUCGAAUUCCGAUUCAAGGCCUCGUGGGAAGACAGGAACGGCAACAAGGGUGAUACUUGGGUCCUGUUCAGCGCUUUUCCAGAGGUGCACGCAGCCGGGAUGCUCAAGAGUGUCUUCGGUAGCAUCACGAACAUUAGUCAGCAGAAGUGGGCUGAGGGAUUCCAGAAAAGGAAGAUGGAGGAGGCGGUUGAGCUCAAGCGGCAACAAGAGAACUUCAUCGACAUAACGAGCCAUGAGAUGCGCAACCCUCUUAGUGCUAUUCUGCAGUGCGCCGACGAGAUUUCCAGCUCGCUAGGCGACUUCAAGUCCACAGGAAACACGGGGAUCCCAACGGACAUUGUAAACAGCAACAUCGACGCAGCUCAGACUAUAGCGCUUUGUGCGCAGCAUCAGAAAAGGAUCGUCGACGACGUGUUGACGCUUUCGAAGCUCGACUCAGCAAUGCUCAUGGUGACCCCCGUGGACUGUCAGCCGUUGACGGUAGUGCAAAAAGCCUUGAAGAUGUUUGAAGGAGAGGUCAUGACCGCUGACAUUUCCAUGGAAUUCGUGAUCAGCGAAUCCUUCAAGCAACUAGACAUAGACUGGGUCAAGCUGGAUCCUUCACGAGUUCUCCAAGUUCUCAUCAACCUCACCACAAACGCAAUCAAGUUCACAACCACAGAGUCGAAGCGCACAAUCACCGUACGGGUGUCCGCAUCACGCGAGAGGCCUUCAGCGAGCGAUGACUCCCCCGUCAGUUUCUUCCCCACACGAUCCAAGCGCGCGGAUCAGACCAAAGGGGUUGACUGGGGUACUGGAGAAGAAGUAUACCUGCAAUUCGCCGUUCAAGAUACCGGCCGGGGCCUCAACGAAGCUGAAAAGAAGCUCCUCUUCCAGCGCUUCUCGCAAGCUAGCCCCAGGACCCAUGUCCAGUACGGAGGCUCGGGGCUGGGCCUCUUCAUAUCUCGCGAGCUCACCGAGCUUCAAGGCGGCGAGAUCGGCGUCGCGUCUGAAUCCGGCAUCGGCAGCACCUUCGCCUUCUACGUCAAAUGCCGCAAGACCUCGCCGCCCAAGGACCCCACGGAGAACAUGCACGUGUCACUCGCGCGCGCUAGCUCUGACGCCCGCGCCAAGGCGCGACAGGAGCACCCCAAGGUCAAAGACUUCGCGGCGCCCAAGGGCACGCCCGUGGACAACAUGCGGCAGAAGCGGUCCCAUCUCACCGUCUUAAUUGUCGAAGAUAACCUAGUCAACCAACGCGUCCUCCAAAAGCAGCUCAAAAACCAGGGCAUCACGGUGCACGUUGCCAACCACGGCGGCGAGUGCCUCGACCACCUGCGCAAGUCGCGCUACUGGCACGAAAACGGGCCCGAGGCCGUCGAGCUCGGCGUGCUGCUCAUGGACCAGGAGAUGCCGGUUAUGGACGGGCUGGAGUGCACGCGCACCAUCAGACAGUGGGAGGCGGACGGGAAGCUGCGCAAGCAUGUCCCGAUUAUCGCCGUCACGGCGAAUGCGCGCAGUGAGCAGAUUGCGGCGCUCUUGGAUGUGGGCAUGGACGACGUCGUCUCCAAACCCUUCCGCAUCCCGGAACUCGUACCCAAGAUCGAGGAGCUGGGCGCCAAGUACCCGAAUAGCGCGGAACCGUCGCCGCCGCCGCCGGGGGUUGAGGUGCCGAGUCUGCUGCUCCACCCGGCAGCGGCGUUAUGACCAAGGCGUUUCGAAGAUGCAUUUUACUUCACUUUGACAGGGCCCUGUUGCGGAAUCUCUCUUCCUCGAGUCUUUUGAUCACAGCAGCGCUGUACGGGCAAGCGUCCGCGGGGGCGUUCUCGGACACUCACCUAAUAGGCUUUUACGUUUUGCCAGUUAGCGAGGCCAAGGCCGUCAGCUAAACAUUUUCCAACUUCUCCCCUUUUCUUUGUGUCCAUCGACUUCUCUCAGGGCGUCCCAAUCUCGGCGUUUUUUCGCUUUUUCUUUGAAGCAUGUGACAUCUAUGUUUCAGCGACUAUAUACACGCAUUGGGCCGGCUUUUAAUCUCAAAUCGGGUUCUUCAAUGGCGUUUCCGGGGGGCCAGG